AGCAUCCACUAUUCUACCACGAAGUUACACUCUUAACUUAAUAAUACCUUCUCUUCUUCAACCCCUAAAUUUCCUGCAUAUUUUCACUCUUUAUAUUCCAUAUGAUAUCUGCUAUAAAUUCAAACCCCAUAUCUGCAUAUUUUCCUUGUUCUUUCCUUUUGUAUUGGAUUCGAAUAUGUUGGAUAACAGUCAACAACAAUUCACAUUAGAGAUGACAGUGGUAUCAGCUCAAGGGCUGAAGAACACUUCUUCUUUUCUCUUCACACACCGUCUCAGGCCUUUCAUUACCAUCACCACCUUCCCUCCGCCUUUAGAAGCUGCCGAUUUAAAGAGCUGCCGUGGGUUUCAAACGAGGGUCGAUGACCAAGGUGGUGUUAACCCUACUUGGGGUGAUAAGUUCCAUGUUCCCAUUCAUCAUACCUUCUUUGCUAAUCGAUACGCGUGUAUAUAUCUCCAGUUAUUCACCAAACGGCUCAUUUCCGGCAAGGCUCAACUGGGUUGGUGCCAGAUUCCGGCCGCCGAUAUAGGGUUGCCGCCCGUGGGGUCCGUUAGGCAACUGAGUUACCGGCUGAGGGCGGCAGAUGGGACGAGGACUCAUGGAGUUGUCAACGUUGCGGUGAAGUUGGAAGUCCAUUCUAAUGACAGGUGUCGGACUGUGAUUGGUAUACCGGUUAGGGUUAUGCCACUUGGCAGGGAAGUGGGGUCUAGCUGGAAAGAGUCUGAGGAUUUGACAAGUGGAGGAACUGUGGGGGCCGGAGGUGACUGUGCCGAUGCGAUGGUGAAAUGGCAGGGUUUACGAUGAGAACGAUUGUACUGUAUGGAUAAUGUUGUGGAAAUUAAUUGUUUUUGAAGGAUGCAAAACCUUUUAAAGACUUCAAUCAUUUUUGUUUAUUAAUAUUACAUAUAAAUUAAGGGUUAUUAACCGAA